ACUCUUGAGAACUCGUCUGAUUAUCUGUGUGGCCUUUGAAAAUAGUCGUCGUGAGAGAGCAGAGCGUUUCAACAGCAGUCACCAUCCCACAAGUUUUCGCUCACAGUGGGAAUGGUGCGGCGCCCUUGAGUCUUUGUGGGAAAUCUUCACAGUAACCCCGACCAGUAAAGCGAGUGAGCGAGUGACGGUGUGUGUGAGCCGCGGCGCUACGUUGAGUGCGACGCGGCAGGACAUGUGCUUACCCCCGCCACUGUUCAGAGCCUGCGUGGGGGCCUGCCUUGAGUUGCUGUCCGCACAUACACACGCAUACACACACAGACGGACAGGCACCGAAGGAGCAAAACAGACACGAUUCCUCUCUUCUAUAACCCGCAUUCAGGCUGAGGAUUCAAGACCGCGGUGACAUGAGCUGGUGAACUGACGACAUGACAAGCUGGUGAGUUGGUGAGUGCCCGAGGGAGGCCAGGCGGGGAAGGAGGGGACAGCUGUGACCAUGGAAAGCUACACCCGCUGGCGAUCCGGGGGUAGCGACGACGAGGAUGACGAAGGCGGGGACAGGGGCGCAGAGGGGACCAGCAGCGCAGUCACCAUCAUUACCAAACAGCGCACGCAUCCCUCCCGUCUCACCAGACCAGCCCAGACCAGGGUAGCUGCGGUCAUGGUGUUGAUGUGCCUGGUGAGUGCUGGCCUAGGCAUGUGGAUGGGGUGGGUAUGGGCUGUCUCCUGCCCCCACUACCCUAUCAACAUGAUCGUGCCGGCGCCCAGGAGUGACUACAACCACUCACACCCAUUGCUGUCUCACCUGCGUCCCUCUCUCAUCAAGGACUACAUGAGAAAACUGUCCGGGGUUGGCUCAGACUUACUGGCGACGAUGGUGGAAGGGGAGUGGCGGGAGCAGGGCCUGGAGACAAGCACCACCACCUUCACUGUCGAUCUCUCCAGGCCUGACCCACAGCGGCCCAACACCAUCGAGAUUGCCUACACCAAUGGAACCACCAAGCUGCUCAACCCAAUACCUGAGGAACUGCACUCUUCCCCCUUCAGUGCAUUUAGCCCGGCAGGAGUGGCCUCGGGACAGCUCGUGUACGGCCACUACGGGCUGCGGGAAGACCUCAGCAUCAUACAGUCACGGAAGAUUUUGCUCAAAGGUUCCAUCUUCCUCCUCCGCCUGGGCAAACUGAAUGCCGGGGCCAAGGUACGGAAUGCAGUGCAGGCGGGCGCGUCGGCUGUGCUUCUCUAUCCUGAUCCUGAGGACAAGCGCGGGGACAGGCGGGGCGGCGAGCCUUACCCCAAUGGCACAGGGCUUCCCGAUGACGGCGUUCUGUGGGAGUCACUGAGCACCACGCCCGGGGACCCCUCCACGCCCUUCCUGCCCAGCCUGCCCCACGUGUACCGCGCAGGGAAGGCGGCGCAGUCCUUGCCUUCCAUCCCUGCACAAACCAUAAGCGCGGACACGGCACGGGAGCUUCUGGCCUUAGUGACUGGCCCUGACGUACCCGUGGGCUGGGCUGGCGGGCUGGCUGCUAAUUACACCCUAGGAGGUUCUUGGGCUCCUGGUGCUGAGGUCGCUAACUUGACUGUCACUGUGAAUAAUGUGAUGGAGCGUCGAGAGGUGAAGAACAUCCACGCCACUAUGCCAGCGUCCGACGAGGCCAGAGUGGUGAUGGUCGGCUGCCACUACGGGUCCCUACAAGGCGGCCAGCACUCCGGCGCGGGUUUGGGGGCGUUGCUGGCCCUGAGUGACGCCCUUGCCAAGAGUUACCUGCCGCGGGGAACUCAGAGGAAGGUGGUCUUCUCUGCCUGGGCCGCGGGAGAGGAUGGCUGGGUCGGCUCCACUGAAUUCACGCAGCUUCAUCCGUGGUGGGUGGAGUCGUCUCUCUUCGCCUACCUGGGUGUGGACGCCUUGCUGCAGGGGACGGGGGCCAUGAGGGUGAGCGCGUCGCCAGCCCUGCGUGAGGCAAUACGGGAGGCGGCCAGCCAGGUGUGGUGGCCCGCAGGAAAUAAGAAGAGAAAGAUAGACGCGCGGGAUGGUUGGAGACUCUCAGAUCCUUUUGGCAAUAAUGAUGUCUAUUUUUACAAUCUGGGGUCAGGCAGCGAUUUCGUCAGCUUCACGGCGCAGCGUGGGGUGCCCUCUGCCCACUUCGCCGCCGUGGGGUCAAACUGGAAGAGAACCUACUCCCUCAGGCACUCUCAGUAUGACGACUUCGACGCCUACACCCGCCUUCUGGACCCCACCAUGGAGUGGACGCACAUGAUCACGUCCCUGGUGGGGGCAACGCUACUGGUACUGAGCGAGAGCGAGGUGCCGCCCCUGGUGCUGAGUGAGCUGAGUGGAGACCUGUACAACGGCUGGCAAGAGUUCCUCAGGGGUCACUCUGCCUCCCUCGCCAAUUCAGGACACAACUUCACGGGAAUCCUCGACGCCAUCGAGAAGGAGAUCCUCAAACUGGAGGACAUGCUGACGGUGCUAGACGGCUGGUACAAGACCCGCCCCUUCUACGUGAGGCCCUACCCGCAGCACUACCCCGGCGAGGACCACAGGAGGCAGGUGGAGCAGCGGCUGUGGUGGCUGGCGAACUUAGAGCGGGGACUUCUGGGACCUCGAGGCGUGGGGCGGUCCUUCACCACACACCUCAUGCUGGGACCUGACCCCGAGGAUCCAGACACGCCUCUGCACUUCCCGCACGCCGUCACCGCUAUCACCCACGCCCUGCAGCAGAAGACGCCCUGGGAAAGCGUGCACCAGGAACUGUCCUAUGUACUGGCUGCUCUCGCCUCCUACAGACAAUUGUUUCCCGGUGACCCUCCUGUAGAGACUGCCUACACUACAUGAAGGAGCUGCAGAAGGGGAGGAGGAGAAGGAGGAAUCCCUCUAGAAAUUUCCCAACAUACCCUUCACCUUCUACGUACAGUCAGCUCUGAAGAAGUGGAAGAAGAAGAAGAAGAAGAAAAAGAAGAAGAAGAAGAAGAAGAAGAAGAAGAAGAAUCCCUCCAGAAACUCUCCUACACACUCACCAUCUCCUACAAGCAGCUCUUCCCUAACAACCUCCCUACAGACCCAACCUUAGUCACCACCUCCUGCAGAAGUCGCUGAAGAAGACAACCAGAACAUUUCCAGGAACUCCCUUAUACAUCCGUCACCUUCAGGCAGCUCCUCUUUACCCUAUACAACCCACACAACACACCGAUGAAGUCGCAGAAGGAAAAUUUUCACAAACCAUAUUUAUACCCUCUUCCUACUACAGACAGUGACCUCCAGCGCCCUCCCCGUUAGGUAAGGGUAUAUAUGAACUUUCACCCAACCCAUGCGUCUCUACAGCGCCUCCUUCGUGAUUCCGGGUCGAGACGCUUUAUCGGUGCAUUAAAGUGAACAAAAGCAGGUACAGAAAAACAGGCCAAACAAGAAAACCGUCGCUUCCUUGCGACGAGUAAGGUUGAAGGGAAGAAGUCACACACUGAAAGGCAAGAAAUGUGACGGCGCUUCGUUGUUUUGUUCCAGUGCUCCUAUUUUUGUUUGUGUCCGUUUUCUUUGCGACAACCAGCCAGCCAGCCAACCAGCCAGCCAGCCAUCCAGCCAUUCAGCCAGCCAGCCAUCCAGCCAUCCAUCCAGCCAGCCAGCCAGACAGCACGCGCAGACGCUCCAGGCAUUCAGUGGCUGUACAUAAUCUGCCUUCACGGGAAUAAUUGUCCUAAUGGUUCUUGUUGAUUGAGGUGAAGCACGCCAUGCGCAACGCUCCAGACACUCCCGCGACACUCUCCUGCCUUCUCUUGCUGCUCAGAUUCACGACCCGCUACUGAAUUCAAUCGCGAAACUCGACUGAAUCCAAAAACUGACAAAAGGAAUGGUAAUGUAGACGGGAAAGCGUGCAGUAGCAUACCUGUUGGCCCUCUCGAGGCUGUUAUGUGAUAAGAGUGACCUUUUAUUUAUAUACACUGCAUUUAACCUCGAUUGAAUUCAUAGAACUGGAAUGUUAAUACGGAGGAGGAGCGUACAGCAGCAUACGUGUUGACCCUCACGAGGCUGUUUUGUGAUAAGUGUGAUCUUUGUUUGUUAAUAUACUGCAUUUAGGUAACCUCGACUGAAUUCCUCGCUACUCGCCUUAACUGAACUGAACUGACAACUAAACUAAACCUAUAAUUCUUAUAAUUUUGUUAAAGGGAGACAAAAUCUUCCCUCUUAACACGACACUUGCAAACAUGAACUGAAAUGAACUGAACUGAAUUGAACUGAUGUAAAGUGAACAUAACUGAACUAGACUGGAAUCAAAUUAACUGGACUAGACAUAACUGAACUUAACUAAACUGGACUGGAUUAAACUAUGUUGAACUGUACUUAAGUGAACUGAAAUUGACUGAACUGAAUUAAAAUGAACUUGACAUUACACUUUCAUUAACAAAAAGACGAAAUACUAUUACUACUACUACUACUACUACUACUACUACUACUACUACUACUAUUACUACUACAAUUACAAGAAGACUAGACAAAAAUUCCGCUCCAUUAACAGUGCUAUACAUAAUAAAUAAAUGAAUAAAUGAGUAAAUAAAUAAUGUGCAUAAAUGGAUAAAUGAGUGCAAGAAUAAUUUAAUAAAGUGUGGAAAGAGUGAAUAAAACUCUAUGUUCA